AGACUCACCGGAAGUAAACAAGGCGCUAGCCCCGUUAGCAUAGCUAGCUGUGUUCGGUUUGUGUGUGUGAGGUGAAUGUUUGAGUGUGUGCAGUAACAAUGUCUUCAGUUCAGUCUCUGAGAGAGUUUAUCAGCGAGAGACUAACUGCUGCUGCUGAAGAAAUAUUCACAGAGUUUGAAAAAACCAUCGUCCAGUACGAGGAAGAGAUCGAUCGUCAGCGCAGACUGCUGGAGAUCCGCUGGAAACCAGUGAGCAGCUCCGGAUCAGCAGAACUCCCACAGCGUCAUGUCUGUAAGGAGGAGGAGCUUCUCCCUGACCAGGAGGAACCAGGACCUCCAGAGAGACCAGGACCUCCAGAGAGACCAGGACCUCCUGAGGAGAGACCAGGACCUCCUGAGGAGAGACCAGAAGCUCUGCUCUUCAAAGAGGAGGAGGAGGAGCUCUGCAUCAGUCAGGAUGAAGAGCAGCCGGUCCUAAAGCAGGAGGCAGAGACCCUCAUUGUGACUGUGGACUGUGAGGACAGGGACCACUGGGAACCAGAACCAAACUGGGACCAGCUGCUCCCUCAGAACUCUCCUGAGGCUGAGAACCGGGACCAGGACCGGGCAGGAAGCUGGGGUGAGAACCCCGGGACGAGCAGAGGGGACGUGGGCGGCYCCAAACCGAAGAGACACAAAAAGCCUCACCCAGGUGAGAAGCCCUCCUCUUGUCAGACCUGUGGGAAGAGUUUCCUCCACAAGUGGCUCCUCAGGUACCACAUGAGGUCUCACGCAGGUGAGAAGCUCUUCCCGUGUGACGUCUGUGGCAAAAGCUUCCCUCGAAGCUACAACUUAACUCUGCACAUGAGAACUCACACGGGUGAGAAGCCCUACUCCUGUCAGGUCUGCGGUCGGUGUUUCUCUCAGAGCGGCACUCUGAAGGACCACCUGAGGACUCACACAGGUGAGAARCCCUAUCCCUGUAAGGUCUGCGGGAAGAGUUUCUCUCAGAACCGUGGCCUGUCUUAUCACAUGCUUUCUCACAGCGGUGAGAAGCCCUUCUCGUGCCAAACCUGCGGGAGCAGUUUCCUUCAAAAGUCUCACCUGAUCAGACACACGAGGACUCACACAGGUGAGAAGCCCUUCCUGUGUCAGGCCUGUGGCAAACGGUUCUCUUCUAAAAGCCUCCUGAUUUCCCACAUGAAGAGUCACGCAGGUGAGAAGCCCUUCUCCUGUCAGACGUGUGGGAAGAGCUUCGGUCAGAAGUGCACCUUAAUCAGCCACAUGAGGACUCACACAGGUGAGAGGCCCUACUCAUGUGACGUGUGUGGGAAAGAUUUCUGCAAUCGCAACGGUUUGACCUAUCAUAAGAUCUCUCACCGCGGUGAGAAACCCUUGUUAUGCCAGGUCUGUGGGAACAGAUUCAGCCAGAAAUCUCAUUUGAUCCGACACAUGAGGACUCACACCACUGAGGAGGGCUGACCCUGUGGAUCCUGUGACCACCUCAGAGGUCAAAGGUCGUUCAAACUCCCAGGUGACGGGUCUGCGGAGCUCGAGCCCUGAAACAGAUGGACUUUAUUAUGAAACACAAACAUUUCUCAGUCUUUUCAAAUUAAAACGUGUAACUUUCA